UUUGCUUUGAUCGUACAGUUGGUUCUCACCACACAAUGUCCAACUGAAACAGACUUAUCAUCCAAAAUCAAAAGCUACUCAUUCGAAUACUCUAACUUCAAAGAUGCUUCAGUCAUUAAUGGUGUUGCUUGACCUGAUGGCUCUUGCUUGUACCUUACAGCCAAUAAUCAGAAAGAUAGCAAAGACAUAGUCGCUAUCAUAAAGUUUGACUUAAGCCUUGACAUCAUUUGGGGGAUGAGACAUAAAGUUAGCAUUUACAAGAACGCAAUUGCUGUUCACUCGUCAGAGGGUAACUUAGUGUUUGCUGGCUAUUCAGAAUGAAACCUCGCCAAGGUUGACAAGUCGACCGGAGCCAUUGCUGAGCAGCUCAAGAUUGGAACAGAUACGACUGUUGAGUGUGACUCUCUGACAUUCUCCAACGACAACUCCAACAUUUAUGUGGCAGGAAAAACCUCUUCAAUUCCCCAAGUAUUCAAGGUUGAGUAUACGGAUUUUGGAUCCGCGACUAUAACUUCGAUUUCGAUGGGCUUGAACUCAGUGUAUUCUGUUCACUCAUACAUAAAUUCAGGCCAAGAUUUAUUGAUUAUUACUGGCUCAAUGACCAGCCCAAGUCAAGCUUACAGUCUUCUUUCAGUCAAGUACGAGACUGGCAUUCAGCAAUGGUCCAAAAAGUUGGAGUGACCAUCUGAUUGAGUGCUUACUGGGGCCAAUGAAGCUUUGAUAGUGAACUCAUUAGGUCAAGUUGUCAGUUACUUCCUCGAUACAAAGCCAAUCAUGAUUGUGGGUAGUCUUGAAGAUGGAUCACAUAUUGGGUGCUACAUGCCUGGAUUCACUCAGAGUGGCCUUGAGAUCAGCAGCAUUGCUUAUUCAACUUCGUUCAGCAAAGUGUUCUUGCUGCUAAAGUAUGACAGCGGAGUCUACAAAAUAGAGUAUGACCCAGCUGCUGGAACAUUCUCAAACGCAUAUGUGAGUACUACAAUAAUACCAGGAUGGAUUCUGGAAAUUGGAGGUCAUACCAUUAUUGGCUCUGGAGUCCCAAGCGAAGAGGACGCAAUUGCAGUGUCUCGACUUGGAUCUAAUGGAAUAUACGGUAUAAAUACAGGCGUAGCAUUUACAUCCACUAGUGAUUCGUUCACUUUUAUUGUUGGAUACUCAUAUACUUCUGAUUCCACUACAUUUGUGACAUCAAGCCCUUCUUCUGUGACAAAGAGUGCUUCUGACAUUGAUAUAAAAAGCUUAUCUGGUCUUGAACCUUAUACAGAAUUUGCUUUCGAGUCUGAAGUGAUCUUUCAAGGAGGAGAAUAUACCCUUGAAACUACAGCUGGCUCCAGUGGAAAUAUUGCGAGUUUUUUCGCUUGUUCCAUCAGUGGUGCUACCUCUGUAGUUUUAGAGAUUCAAGCUCAUUCAAACGGUGAGCCAUUACCAUCCUGGGUAUCUCUUGGAUCAGAUUCUAUUUCUCUCGAUUAUACAGUACCUUUGUCAGCUGGAGGCCAGUCUUUCUACUUUACUGGAAAAAGCAAUGUUGAAGGACUCAUUUAUUUGAGAAAUGCCAAAAUCAGCGUUGUCGCUUCAGACCAAUGAGAGACGGAGAAUUGAAAGACUUGCAUCUCUUCUAUUUGCACAGUUUGUAAUGACGGAUAUACUCUGACUAGCGAGAACACUUGAGAGAGCACUCCGGAGAGUACCAGAGAAAGCACUUGAGAGAGCAAUUGAGAGAGCACUAAGAACGAAGAAUCUCUCAUUACGAAUUCUUCUCUUGUUGCUUCUGGAUUCGCAGGAACAUUAGCCUCUACAACGGUGUCUGGAUUCGUCUUUGAGUCGUCUUCUCAAAAUGUGUGGGCUUUGCUGAAUCAAUAUCAACUGUUUCUGAUAAUUCCAUUUCUAAUUGUAAAGCUGCCUAGUGAAUUCAAGAGAACUCUUCGAGCUCUCCAAUUUAGUUUAAUCAAUAUGGACUUCAUGAACUCUAAGAGUCUGCAGGGAAUCAACACUGCUAUUGACCAGGUUGAUUAUGAAAAUCCUUACGAUGAAUUCACAGAAAACGAGUUUGAAUCAGGAAGUGCAUUCGUGAACUGAUUUGACAUUAUUAUGUCGCUAUGAGGAAUUGUGUUGCUAAACCUACUCUGUCAUUUCACAAUUCAGCUUUUUUGUAAUCCUCAAAGUAGAGGGUUUUGAUCCAAAGUGUACAGGUUCAUUUCAUAUCUGUUUUACUUCAAGUUUUACCUGAGGUUCUUCCUGGAAAGCUUCUUAUUUGUGUGAUUGGUCUCGAUCAGUGAGUUAUUCCGUAUUGUUGAAAUCGAAAGCCACCUUCUCUCAUACUGUUUGAAUGCUGGAGUAUUUGUAUUUCUGGUGUCUUUUAUUUGUCUGGUAUUUGCUUGAUAUGCUUUUGUCAAAGACCCUCACAAAAAUGCUUAUGUCAAUGAAUUAUUCGAAGGAUUCAAAUUGAACAAGUUUGCGAAGAUGCAAAAUUUCAUAUUCUUGAUUAGGAGAUCACUAGUUGUGCUAAUUAUAGUGUCAAUGAGAACAACUAACGUGAUUCCAAGACUCACAGUGUACGCUUGACUUCAAUUUGCUUCGUUGUGACUCACGAUAUAUUUGCGACCUCAUGACAGAAAUUAUGGAAAUAUUGUAGAAAUUAUCAAUGAAGUCUGGUACUUCUUGAUAAUAGUGAUAAUUAUAUAUUUGCAAGAAAAAGAAUCUGCUCUUUUGGCAUUCCUCUUGAACAAGUCCAUUUUGACUAACACCUGCAUGAUCCUGUGUGUCAGCUUAGGAAGACUCUCAUAUCAAGUGAUCACAUACUACUCUAGCAAAAGGAAGAACCUAAUAAAACCUCUCACUGAGCAAGUAACAAUCCAGACACGUAAAAAGAUGAAGAGACACAAGAAUUUAGUUGAAAAUGCUGUUGCAAGACCUCAAAUUUUCACGCCAAGAACUAACACUCCAGAUACCCCAAACUGCACUAGCAAAGAACUGUCUAUGCGUACCGAUCGCAAAUUCAUGGAAGGACCCUUCGGAAGAGUCAACCCCUUGUUAGCAACCUCUAAUAAACGAGGCGUCAAGAAAGCUCAGAAGAGCUUCAAAAAAGCUGGGAGCCAAUUCAAACCUUCUGAAAUCUAGCUAAUUCAAUUAUGUUUUAUCUGCAUCUUCAAAC